UUUUAACCGAGAAAAAGAAAAGCAGGCCACGGCAGAAUCGCUUUGGCGGAGGAAAAAGGUAUCUAGUAGCCUGAAGCAAUAUCGAAUUUGCCAGCUAAAGCUUCCACUCCAGUUUGGUGGAGGUCUCACCGAACACGGACCCCAAGAUAUGGACGUACGCGCUCGAUCUUCAGCCAGAGGUGGUUUUGUCUGUCAGCAUGUUCGAUGCCGAAUGAUGAGGAAGCUCACUGUGUCAGAAGUUGGUGGCUUCUGAUUUUAACUGGUGAUUUAUUUAAGGUCACCCAGAAAUAUUUGAAGAGAAAACUGCUUCAUUCUGGGCUGCUUGGAUCUAGAUCUUCAUCAGUUUCAUAUGGAGCCGUUUUUAAGAUUACAGAGAAAGUUGUGGAUUUUUCUGCCAUUUUUGGUGUGUUCCUGGUUGGGUUUAGCUCAGGACAUUGAGGAUGCAAGUGUUAGAGUGAGAGGAACAAGCAUCAUUGCUGAGACAGAUGAUAAUUUCAUUUGUGCGACACUUGAUUGGUGGCCUCCUGACAAAUGCAACUACGGUAACUGUCCAUGGGGAGAAGCUUCUGUCCUUAAUCUGGAUCUGAACCAUCCUCUUCUUGCAAAUGCUAUGAAAGCUUUUGGUAAUCUGAGAAUAAGGAUUGGAGGUACCUUGCAAGACCAAGUCGUGUAUGAUGUAGGGGGCCUGGAAUACCCAUGCUUGCCCUUCCAGAAGGAGGAUGGUGGAUUAUUUGGAUUCUCCAAAGGUUGCCUAAAGAUGGAAAGGUGGGAUGAACUCAACCAAUUGUUCGGCAAGACAGGGGCCAUCGUAACUUUUGGUCUGAAUGCACUCCAUGGAAGACAUCAAGUUUCCAAAAGUGUAUGGGGAGGCCCCUGGAACUAUACCAAUGCUUAUGACUUCAUAAAAUACACUCGGACCAAAGGAUACAAGGUUGAUUCAUGGGAGUUUGGAAAUGAGUUGAGUGGAAGUGGUGUAGGAGCAAGAGUGAAUGCAAAGCAGUAUGCAGAAGACUUGAUAAAUCUUAAGUCUCUACUUACUCAAUUGUAUAAAGAUUCCUUUCCACAACCAUUACUUCUAGCACCUGGGGGAUUCUUUGACCAACCUUGGUAUACUCAACUUCUUCAUGAUUCAGGACCAAAAAUUGUUGAUGCUUUGACACAUCACAUUUAUAACCUUGGUGCAGGAGUUGAUCCUAACCUUGUCAGUAGGAUACUGGAUCCUGCCCAUUCAGACUCUUUUGCCAAAACAUUUGUCAAUCUUCAACUUGUGAUACAAAAUUCUGGUCCAUGGGCAUCUGCUUGGGUCGGAGAAGCAGGUGGUGCCUACAACAGUGGAGGAAAGCUCAUUUCUGAUACUUUUGUCAAUAGUUUCUGGUAUUUAGAUCAGCUAGGCAUGGCAUCCAUGUAUAACACCAAGGUUUAUUGCAGACAGACUUUGAUAGGUGGCUAUUACAGUCUCCUCAAUACAUCCACAUUUAUACCAAAUCCUGAUUACUACAGUGCACUUUUAUGGCAUCAAUUGAUGGGAAAGGGUGUCCUUGCUACCAAAGUGAUGGGUUCACAGUACCUGCGUGCUUAUGCCCAUUGUUCAAGAGAGGAGGCUGGAAUCACUGUACUUCUUAUCAACCUGAGCAACACUACAACAUUCUCGGUGAGUGUGGAGAAUGACAUGAACCUUAACUUGCAUUUUGGAGGGAAAUUUCACAAGGAAGGUUCUAUCAUUCAUAGCCUGAAGAAGAAGUUCGCAUGGGUUGGAAAGUUAGCUUCGAAUGGUAGUGAACAGAGAUACGAGUACCAUUUGGCACCAAAAGAUGGAUAUUUGAGAAGCCAAACUAUGCUCCUAAAUGGGAGACCAUUGGAGCUCACUGACACUGGAGAAAUCCCCUCUUUUGAACCCAUCCUGGUGAACGCAUUUUCAAAGAUAAUGAUUGCUCCAUUGUCCAUUGCCUUCAUUACAUUACCAAACUUUGAGGCAGCAGCAGCUUGUUCUUGAGAAAAUCUUGAGAACUUUUGAUGCAGAUAUCUGGUAAGAGAAAGACUUGUUCUUCAUGUGGUUCUUCCCAGGAUGCUGCAAGCCAUUUCAUCCAUUGUUGUGUGGUAGUUUUUUAUAGGUCUAAAAUAUGUCUUCAUUAUUGAAAUUGUUUAAGUUUUUCCUUUAGAAUCUUGUAAACAAUAAACAAUUGAGACAAUAAAGUCAAAUGAAAUUGAAUGCA